AUGCCCAGCGGCGCGAAGACCCCAAGGCCUUGGGACCGCUCGCCGGCGACUGAUGUGCUGCCUCUCUCGCUGCAGCUCUUCUUCAGCUUCUUCAAGACCCUCGUGGGCAAGGAGGUGGUGGUCGAGCUGAAGAAUGGCGCCCGCUCCUCACUCGGGCGCGCUCGCCCUGCAGAUCUGGCCAUUCGCGGAACGCUGCACUCGGUCGACCAGUUCCUCAACGUCAAGCUGCUCCAGGUGACGGUCGACGACCGCGAGAACUUUCCGCACAUGCAAUCCGUCAAGACGUGCUUUAUCCGCGGCUCGGUGAUCAAGUACGUGCAGCUGCCUGCUUCCGAGGUGGACACUGAGCUGCUGCAGGACGCGACGAGAAGGGAAAUGGCGCAGCAGAAACAAAACUAG